ACAGAGGUCGAAGAGCAAAGGUGGCGCAGGCGGGAACAUGGCGGCGGCGUGGGCUUUGCUCCUGCACCUGCGAGGCUCGGGCAUGCUGAAGGGGCGCCUUGGCUCCUGAGGCGGGGCUGCAGCGCCUGUGGCCGCUGACGGUUGGCGCGGUGUGAAGGAAGCGCGGUGCGGGGUUGAGGAGGCUGAGGCCGCCUCCUCCCGCCGUCGCUUCGGGGGCCUCGCUGCAGAAAGAAAAAAUGGUGGAGACAGGAGAGCCCAGAGGAAUUUUGUCAUGAUGGGUCAAGGAUGACUUUGCAACUAAACAACAACAAAAGAAAGAAAAAAUACUACAAUUCCAACUGGCUGAGGAAUGCUUGUGGCUGCAGGGCUUCUUUCUUCCUGAACAUGCAUUAGUGUGCUCUAAAAGGCCUUAGAGUGGUUCUCAUUCCAUUCAGCUACAAAGCCAUGCUGUCAUGUAGAGGAAUUUACUUUGUACUUACCCUAUUCUUGGGAAGUGUUUUUGGAAGCAUUUUUAUGCUCAGCCCCUUGCUUCCAUUGAUGUUUGCCUCCCCCUCUUGGUAUCGCUGGAUCACUGACCGUGUUGUUGCUACCUGGCUUACACUUCCAGUGGCCUUGUUGGAGAUAGUGUUUGGCGCAAAGGUGGUUAUAACAGGUGAUGGAUUCAUACCUGGAGAAAGAAGUGUCAUAAUCAUGAACCACCGAACACGAAUGGAUUGGAUGUUCCUAUGGAACUGCCUGCUGAGAUAUAGCUACCUCAGACUUGAAAAAAUAUGUCUCAAAUCUAGUCUCAAAGCUAUUCCAGGAUUUGGCUGGGCCAUGCAAGUUGCUGCCUUCAUUUUCAUUCAGAGGAAAUGGGAAGAAGACAAAAAUCAUUUUGAAAAAAUGCUGGAUUACUUCUGUGACAUUCGUGAGCCACUGCAGCUUCUCAUCUUUCCUGAAGGAACUGAUCUCACAGACGACACCAAAGCCCGCAGUAAUAAAUUUGCUGAAAAGAAUGGACUUCACAAAUAUGAAUAUGUCUUGCACCCAAGAACUACAGGCUUCACAUUUAUAGUAGAACGUUUAAGAGAUGGUAAAAUUCUUUCUUGGCAGCUUGCGGCUAAUAACCUCGAUGCUGUCCAUGACAUAACAGUGGCAUAUCCUCAGAACAUUCCUCAAACUGAGAAACAUCUUCUCUAUGGGAACUUCCCAAAGGAAAUUCAUUUUCACGUCCACAGAUAUCCAGUACAGACUCUUCCUGCCUCUCGGGAAGAGCUGCAACGCUGGUGUCAGAAGCGAUGGGAGGAAAAGGAAGAAAGGCUGCGUUUGUUCUACGAAGGCAAAAAAUACUUUGAUGUGACAGGGAGAAGCAAGAUUCCACCCUGUAAAUCUGAGCUCAGGGUCAUGGUUGUUAAGUGUAUUUCACUCUUGUACUGGACAUUUUUCACACUGGCUGUGUUUGUGCUGCUAUACUGGUAUAGCUUUGUACGAUGGUAUUUUGUGACUGUGGUUGUCAUUUUUAUUGUCCAACAAAAACUGUUUGGUGGGCUUGAAUUGAUAGAACUUGCAUGUCAUCAGUUUUUUAGUAAGAAAUAACAGAAGUCAAGAGGAGAUUAAAUUAAAGUGGUUGAGUCUGUGGAUGUUUUUCAGGUGUCCUACAGUGUUUUCAAAGUGUGGGAAGAUUUGCAUGAGAAUCAUUACUCUUUCUUAGUGCUGUCAUUGGCACUAUACAGUUACAGUGUAAAAGGAAAAUUGUAGGUCCUGUGAUUUUUGUAUUUUUUGAAUGUAACAUGAGUGUGUCUCUUGCUCGCAACUAGCAUCUGCUAUGUUGCUGCAAAACAAUUUGCUGAUCAAUCAAAGUUGAGAGCCAUUGAACCUUUUGAAUGUGUAGCUCUAAAUAGCUGGGCCAAUGGUGGAGCUAAAAGUAGUGGGCUAUGAUUUCUCCACAGCCUUUCCAUAAAUAAAAUGUGAGGUUUCACAGUUCCAGCUUAUUUACUGAUUCAUAUUUGCCUCUUUCUAAUAUUUCCCUCUGCAGAGGAAUGAUAUGUCAUCAUUAACAUCAGCAAUUUUUCUGGCAUGUGGAUGAGAAAACAAAAGUCAGGGCCUUAAUAUAGGUCUAUUCUAUUGUGUACAGUUUUGAUACGCCUCUUCUCUCCCUGUUGAAUUCUUCCAAUUUCUACAUUUAAAUCCUGCUUUAAAACAAAUUUGAUCAGGGUUUAUCACUAAGUAAACAUGACAGAAGUUUCUGUGCACAGCUGAAUUAGGCAUUGUCAUCCUCACAUAUAUUAAAUUGUCCAUAGCAUCAUACCACAUUCAGGUUGCUAUGUCUAUGUCCUGUGAAUAGUUUGUCAUAUGUUAAGAUAAGAGGCAGCUUCAGAACUGGGUUGGCCUGCAACAUAAUCCCAUAGGAAAUUGUUCAUUAGAUAGAGAAAUAUAUCCAACACAAACUUGACAACCAACAAAAAUCAGGGAAAAGGGGGCAAGAAUCUAACCUGAAUGGGGGGUGGGGGGGAAGAAACCUGACUAGGGGAAAUUAACUUUUCUCUCAUGAAAUUGAAAGUGGAAAUAACGUUAACACUGGAAUUAUAACAAACCCUGAGAGCACACUCCUGUUCAUGUUUGGACAGAAAAAGGCCCUACAACUCCUAGCAUUCGCCAGCCAGCACGGUCAGCUGGGGAAUGCUGGGAAUUCUAGAAUUUUUCCUCUCUAAACCGCUUUAAGAUUGUGCCCUAAGCAAUUUUUAAGGAAUGUUUUCAAAUGCAAAAUCAUAUUCAUGGAUAUGUGAACUUCACAAUAAAAUCCAUUCUUGCAGAUCUGUUGCCCUCACCUCCUUCCCAGGCACCAGACAGGAUAUACAGCAAAGCCAAUGAGUGAAAGCAUGCAGAUGAGGUCAGAUGUAUGCUGUACUUUCAUCUCCUCUCUGAAAAAGCUGCUGAAUUUUUCCCACAGUGUGUUAGAACUAUGAUCUGAAUGGACUUUCACGAUGCUAAUGGAGAAUGUUGCCCAAAAUGCCUGGAGGUGAAGCACUAUGUCAGGAAGAAACUUCACUCCCAGUCUCAAGAUCCUUUUCAAAAUAGGCCUAUAUUUUUAACAAACAUUCUCCUACAGCUUCCUUUUCUAGUUAGUGAACAUUUCUAGCUGUGUGUACAUGUGCUCUUUCCAUUUCUUAGCUUAGUCAUUCAUCAUCAUAUUUGAUUAAGCACUUUUCCCCCAGCACUUAUUGGACUUAAGAUGAGCUAUCACACUGGCUGUGUUUGUCACCAAGUUAUUACUACUGACAAAACAGACCAAGGCAUUUCUCUUUCCUGCACUGAAUAUUACUAAUACCAGAGCCAUAAGCAAGCAUGUGAAGUACUCUGUGUUGAUCAUACUAAACACGUCUAGUUCCAUGUCUUUGUUCAAUUGCUGUUGCUUCUGCAGUAUAUUUUUAUGGAUUCAUUUUAUAAACCAGUUGUGUUAAAAGAUGUUGGGUUACAAGAGGUCUCCAAAAUAGCCUUAGUUUUACAACUUUACUGAAUGUUAGAAUGUUUUAUUCAGGAAUGAACAACUUACUCUACAGCAACAAUAAAGAAGUUAAAAGGCA